CGUGUCCUGAAUUUUUGAGGUUAAUAUUUAUUUAUUUCAAAAAUUGCCAACAAAAAUGAAGUAUUCUCUUUAAAUUUUCUAAAUUUUGUCUAAUUGAUUUAUGUGUGUCUAUAAGUGAUGGGCACGGCGGUUAGCAGAAACCUCGAUUUGACUACCAAUGAAUUUUGCCUAAAGUUUGUUGGUAAAGACGCAAUUGCGGCUACCGAUCCAUUUUGGGAUAAAUUUUUGGCUUUUAGUAUCACUCCGCCUAUUACAAAAAAUGAUCAACUCUUACUGGAAACAAAGAUUGAACCACUAUGUCAAGCCUUGAUGACGAAUAACUUCUUUUCAGGCAACUUAGGCACUUUAAUGCAAAUAUUCAUCAAUAAAUCUAGUGAAUUACUGGGGACAAAUGACCCUGAAGGGAAUAUCUUUAACUGGCAUUUAUUCAACUCACUUUUCACUAUAAGAUGUGCCUUGAAAUACUUAACAGAAACUACUACAGAAAUCCAACUGCUGGAACAUUUGGAACAGAAUAGCAGUAUAGAGUCAUUUAUUGGAGCUCUUUUCACAAUAAUUGUAGAUGUACCAGUAAAAGACUCAACUUAUGCAAUCCAUUUGGAAGCAGUGACUUGUUUGCUGGUAUUAUUAUCAGUGCAAUUUCAUUGUGGGGAUCAAAGGGCUGAUCAAAGUAGGAUUUAUAGUAUCAUUAUGAAAGGACGGCACACUAUAAGUGCUCCAUUGUUUGUUAAGUGUCUUUUGGGGAAUUUUGUGAGUCAACAGUUGGUGCCUAAGGGAUUUGGAGAUGGACAAGGACACAGUUUGGUUCUGGGCUUAGCUACUGGUUUAUGGUCGAUGUUGACUUUCUCAAAGAAACCGGAGCACUCUGAAGUUUCUGAUAAAACUGAUUAUCAGACUACACCAUUAGCCACUCAGAGCAUCCUCCUUCUAUUAGUACUAGUUCAUAAUUGGACCACUCUAAAUAACCCUUACCGUCUUAGCCUAUUUUCUUGUUCAAACCAAGAUAAUAAUCCUAUGCCAAUAACGAGCGAAAACGCCGCCUUCAAAACUGACUUUAAUUCCUUGUAUAUGACGUUAUGUAAAAAGGCUUCCGGUGAUGCUCCCACUUUGCUACUUUACUUAUUGUUGCACAGGAAUCAACAUUUUAAAACAUAUCUGUUAAAUAGACUGGACCUAGAAGAACUGAUCAUACCAAUUUUAAAAACUCUUUACAACGCCCCAAAUAGCCACAGUCAUCAUAUUUACAUGUCCAUUAUAAUCUUGCUUAUCUUGAGCGAGGAUUAUGGUUUCAAUCGGUCCAUUCAUGAAACAAAACUGAGAAACAUCACUUGGUACACCGAACGCCAGCUAACUGAAAUUACUUUAGGGGGACUCCUGAUUCUAGUCAUCAUUAGAACCAUCCAGUACAACAUGUUAAAAAUGCGCGAUAAAUAUUUACAUACAAACUGCCUUGCUGCGUUAGCAAACAUGUCUUCCCAGUUCAGAGAUUUGCAUCCUUAUGUUAGUCAACGGUUGGUGUCUCUUUUCGAGACUAUCGCUAAAAAAUACCAAAAGUUAUAUAAACUGCUGCACCAGAACGAUGAUAAAAGCCAGGCUGUGAUCGAAAUAAACCAGGAGCAAAAGAGCAAUUUGGAGGAGGACGUGAAUGUACUGGAGGAAGUGCUUCGGAUCAUUUUGGAGAUUUUAAAUUCUUGCUUGACCGCUCAGCUGACAAACAAUCCCAACUUGAUUUAUACAUUGUUAUAUAACAGACAUAUUUUUGAAGCGUUUAAAGAUAAUGUCGUCUUUCAAGAUAUCAUUUAUAACAUCGAUAUUGUGAUAAAAUAUUUUUCGGAGCUGUUGAAUUCGAAAACGCAAGAGGUGGAUGCUUACCAGGUGUUACAAGUGAUACAACAGGGAGGGAAAUAUUGGCCCAAGGAUAAAAUUACUAAAUUUCCCGAUUUAAAAUUCAAAUACGUCGAGGAGGAACAGCCGGAACAGUUUUUCAUUCCGUACGUGUGGGAGUUGGUCAGUCAUCAAUCAGUAUUAAAUUGGAAUAGCGGCAAUGGCAGUUUAGUUUGCUAGCGAUAACGGAUCAGUUUCUUUCACAGACUGACAAUAACUUAUUUUGUUGUUGAUUUUGUACUUACUUAUAAGAUCACCGGUAUGUGUAAAUAAGUUUAAAAAUUAAUAUAUUAUAACGAUAUA